GGAGAGCUGCGGAGCUGAAAUGAAGCGCGCACACGGAGCAGCUCACACCGUGCAGUGCCGUGCGGCUCAGGAAGAGGCUCCACGCCGCUAAAGCUGAAGGCUGCUCCGGCUGAAUGAAGGGCUCCGUCCAUGCGGAGGCUAGCGCUCAUUCUGCUGCCCUGUGCUGUCGCCGUCCUGGUGCACUUGUGGUUGGCACAACGACCCUCCUCCACCCCGCUGGACAACAACACACACUCGGAUGAAUCAUUACCUUUCCAUGAAGUUUUGGUGGGAGUGUUGUCAGCGAGACACCAUUAUGAACUGCGACAAGCGAUAAGGAACACCUGGCUGGGCUACCUCCGUGAUCACCCUCACUUCCAGCACAGAGUGGGGGUGAAGUUUAUCGUGGGUGAACAUGGGUGCCCCAUUCCAGAGGAGGACAGAGAGGAUCCGUACUCCUGCACCCUCCUGAACUUCACCGAUCCAGUGGCAGGCCAGGAUGCGGAGAUCGAGAUCGUGACGGUGUCUGACCCCUCGAUGCUCACCCCCUCCGAUGUGUCGGCCAUCGCCCUGGAUUUCAAGGUCCUCCACCCGGUGGUGAUCACUAGACUGGGGGUGUUUCCCAGCGGCACGCAGCCUGAGCUGCAGAGCAAUGUGACGGUGAAGCUUCACCAGCUGGAUCAGGAGGAGGCUGUGGUCACUGCUCGCUUCAGUGCCAUCAGCACAGGAACCAUGGAGAACGGCGUGUGGUACAAACCAGUGGAGCAGUUCAUCUUGCCUAAGGGUUUUGAGGGGACACUGGUUUGGGAGAAUUUGGACUCUGCUGGAUUGACCACAGUCAACUCCUCCUCUGUGCAGCUCAGCGAUGGAGGAGGUGUCCUUAAGAUCUCCUCUAUCGCAGAGGGCAUAUUGCCUCAUCGAAGUGCACUUGGAUUUCCCGGUUUGGCUGGAGGCUUCACAUUUACUAUCUAUGAUGCUGAUGGCCUGUCGGGGCUCCUGCGGGGACGCCCAGGCAGGAUGGAGCACCAUGCCUCCAGGCUGAGGCGGGAGGACGCCACUUUGCAGCAGGAGAGCCUCAGGCACGGCGACAUGGUGUUCGUAGACGUGGUUGACACCUACAGGAACGUGCCUUCCAAACUGCUUCAGUUCUAUAAAUGGUCUGUGGGAAACGCUGACUUUAAUCUGCUGCUGAAGACGGAUGAUGAUUGUUACAUCGACGUGGACUCAGUAUUAAUGAAGAUUGACCAUAAGGGUCUUAAGCGCAGCAAUUUCUGGUGGGGAAAUUUCAGGCAGAGCUGGGCAGUGGACCGCAUUGGGAAGUGGCAGGAGCUCGAGUACGCUAGUCCAGCCUACCCAGCGUUUGCCUGCGGCUCUGGCUAUGUCGUCUCUCGUGACCUGGUCCAGUGGCUCGCCAGUAAUGCAGAUAAACUGAAGGCCUACCAGGGAGAAGAUGUGAGCAUGGGGAUAUGGAUGGCAGCUGUUGGACCACAGAAAUAUCAGGACCCCGGCUGGCUGUGUGAGAAGGAGUGCUACCUGGACAUGCUGUCGUCUCCCCAACACACAGCCGAGGAGCUGCGCAUCCUGUGGGAAAGAAAGAGGGCCUGUGGAGACCCCUGCGGUUGUCCCUGGGGCCAUUAAAUCUGGCUCACACCACACUCACCACGCGGCGCUGUGGGUAAAAUGCACUCAGCACUGGUUGUCAGCUCAGUUUGUGUGGUUUGCUUAAUACCCCCAACUGAGUCACUUCAGAGUUUUAUCAUUUAGUUCUUCUUAUAUGAUAAAAACACUUGGAGUUUUGAAAUAUGGGGACUUCUGGUUGGAAAGUUAUCUUGAAAACUUUGAGAUUUCAUUGCAGGUUCUUAAUAUUAACAAAAUAUUGUACCAACACGAACCAUUAGCAGCUUCAGAAUACGUUAAAAACUCACAUGUAGCUGUAGCAUACUGUCAGCAUUUGUAUCAUAAACUCAGUUAUUAAAUUUGCGAUUAAAGACGCACAAAACGUGGAAAAAGACUGGAUUAAAAGAUGUUUCAGUAAUGUAAUAACUGACAGGGAUGGACCAGGAACCAUGUGCAAUACCAGCAUGUGAGGGUCAUCAGGUACAGAAUCACUGCUGUAAGAUUUGAGUACUUUUUAAUAUUAGAAUUAUUGGUACUCUGAUACUUGGCAGACUUAAACUUUUAGGUUUUAAAAGGGAUAGCUGAUUGAAUUUAAAGAUGAUUGCUUUACAUUGCUAUAUUUUGUAAAUUAUUGUCUUAAGCUUUUCAUCCUCUUCACUAUUUGUAGAUUUCUGACAAGCUUUCUCACAAACACACACAGUUUGUACUGUAACUGUCAUUGUGCAAAUAGUGAUGUGGCCUUACUGUAUUUGUUAGGCGUCAUACUGUAUGUACGUUAACACUUGUGAUAUCAGCACAGAUUUGAAUUAGUGUGUUUGCACCACAGUUUUUUGGAACUUGAACAAAAAGUGAAUGAAAUAGACUCACUAGUUUAACACUGGUUUUAUGAAACCCUCCUCACGUGAAAUAAAGAACACUUAAGAGAGA